AUGCCGCGAUUUGCAGACUCUCUCAACUCCCUCCAGCCCCAGUCUGAACCAUUGCUGAGUGACACGGAUUUGAAUCAAUCAACAUGGCAGGGAAACGGUGGUCGCAACGAUAUCCUGCACCAAGGCUCUUUGCGUGAUCCUUCAAAUACACGACGGAUGAUGUCCUUCGGUCGACCUCUGGCCCGGUUUAUGGUUUGGCUGAGGAGCAUUGGGAGGGGUAGCGACAGAAAAGGGGAUAUUGAACAGGGAGAAUUUCUCACCCGUCGCCAGACUCUGGGCACGUUGAUUUCCCUCCUCUUUGGGAUUUUCGUGUCUUUCUUUCCGAGUUAUAUCGACGAGACCGUUGCCAUUUGGGGGAAGCCUGGUGGACCAGGCGAGGAUCUAGCACACUGGGCAACUGAUAUAACAGCCGAUAUCAGACCAGUGGCUUGUCAUUCUCAUAACGAUUACUGGCGCAGGGUGCCCCUUUAUUCCGCUAUUCAGGCCGGAUGCAUCGGUGUGGAGGCAGAUGUCUGGCUAUUCAAUCACGACCUUUACGUCGGGCAUACGAAAUCAUCGCUUACUAUCAAUCGCACAUUGACAAGCCUUUACAUUGACCCGCUUCUGAGCUUGCUUGAGAAGCAGAACCCCGCUACGCAGUUUCAACCUACCCGGCAUAAUCCUCCAAAUGGAAUAUUCGAUACGAAACCAGAUCAAACCCUUGCUCUUCUGGUGGAUUUCAAAACGAAUGGCUCUGAUAUUUGGCCAUAUCUUACAUCGCAACUGACUCCUCUCCGGGAAAGGGGCUACCUUACUCACUUCAACGGGACGGCCGUCAUCAAAAGGCCUAUUACAGUCGUUGCAACCGGAAAUGCUCCUUUCGACCUUGUUGUAGGCAACUCGAGCUAUCGGGACAUCUUCUUUGAUGCGCCAUUGGCGGAACUAUCAGAUGCUGCGCCAUCCUCAGCCAAGGAUGCGGCGGUAUCUAUUCCUUACGAUUUCACCAACAGCUACUAUGCGUCGGUGUCUUUUCGUAAAUCUAUCGGAUUUCCGUGGAGAUUCCAACUAUCAGACACUCAGCGGAAUCUGGUAAAAUCCCAAAUCAAAGCUGCACACGAUCGAGGCCUCAAAGUACGAUAUUGGAAUACUCCGUCCUGGCCACGCAGCCUGCGUAACCUAAUUUGGACAGAUCUGAUUCGCGAAGGCGUUGAUAUCUUGAAUGUCGAUGAUUUGAAAGGCGCAACCAAAACGGACUGGUCGCGGAGUUUAAGAUGGAACGUGUAG